AGCAUCCGUUUUUAGGAAAAUCCAAGAGUCUUGCCGAGAUGACUCCUCUGAUUGAUGCAGUCAGGAGACCCAGAACAGCGGCACCAGAACCUCUGCUGGCUCCCUCUCUUUCUGGACAAGAGGGGAAAGAAGAGCAAGUAGAGAAGAAAGUUGUCAAAGCAAAGCCUGAAGGAGUGAAAUCAAUCCUCAAGAGCUCUGCAAUGGCAGGUGUUGCUGCAGCACCACAACCUAAAGAAGUCUCCUUGCCCGACACUGAAAUGCCAAGCACAAGCACUGGCAAAAGAGCCACUGGGAAAAAAUGCACACAGAAAACAAGCACUGGGAAGAAAAGCUCUGCAGAAACCAGCACAGGGAGAAAAAGCUCAGACCAGCCACAACUGAUAUCCUCACUAACAAGUAUUUACCUCGCCGAUCUCAAGGGCAUUGUGAGUGAGGAGAACCCUGUGAAGAAAUACACUGUACAGCAGCAAAUUGGCCAAGGGACUUUUGGAACAGUUUUCCGAGGAGUUGACAUUGCCACAGGAAGACGGGUGGCCAUCAAGAAGAUUUUUGUUCUCGACAGAAAGAACAAAAGGGAGCUUGUUUUAACUGAGGUUGCAGUCCUGAAGAGAAUGAGGCACCCCAAUAUCAUUCGCUACAUAGACAGAUGA